CCGACUGCUUCAUUUAGCCACUCAAGUCUAACAGCCCCGCACCAAGCUGCGCGCCCACCGAUCGCGUAGGCGCAACUUACCGUCCCGUCCUACUGAGGACAAGUUGAACUCUUCUGAAGAAUUGUCUUCGUCAUUACUCUUGCCAAACUGUCUGUGGCGAGGCACAUACCAAGGCCAUACUAUAGUGUCAAUUAUAAAGACGAGGACUUUCCGCUUUGGAGCAGACAAACGGAUUCUUUCAUUCAUCGGCCUAUUGACAGGAGAGCCUGAUUACUUCACCCCCAUUGCAAGUAUAACGGCUCGCCCACUCUUUUUUUCCAACUUUCUUUCAACGAUUAACUUUUUUUCACGCUCUACGCACGCUUGGCACUGCCCCGCGAGAUUUUUUUUUUCAUUCUUUCCGCGCUCCCCUGCGUGCCGUAACUUUCACACUGGCCCCACUGAUUGCGGUAUAAAAAAAGGGGCACGGGAAACCGACAACAUGAUGAGCAAUAAUACGUACUACGAGCAGCAGCUGCCGCCGCAGUACUACCAGGGCACCGACAACGGUGAAGAGGAAGAGGAGAUGCCGGCCACGGAGAAGGACCUCGCCGAGGACGCACCAUGGAAGAAGAUCCAACAGAACACCUUUACCAGGUGGUGCAACGAGCACCUCAAGUGCAUCAACAAGAGAAUCAAUGAUCUGCAGAAAGACCUGAGCGACGGGCUGAAACUUAUCGGUCUGCUGGAAGUUUUGAGCCAGAAGAAAAUGUACAGAAAGUACCACGCCAGACCCAACUUCAGGCAGAUGAAACUGGAAAACGUGUCCGUUGCACUGGAAUUCCUGGAGAGAGAACACAUAAAACUGGUGUCGAUAGACAGCAAGGCCAUCGUGGACGGGAACCUGAAGCUGAUCCUGGGCCUCAUCUGGACCCUGAUCCUCCACUACUCCAUCUCCAUGCCCAUGUGGGAGGACGAGGACGACGAGGACGCCAAGAAGCUGACCCCCAAGCAGCGUCUGCUGGGCUGGAUCCAGAACAAGGUGCCCCAGCUGCCCAUCCACAACUUCCACCGCGACUGGAGGGACGGAAAGGCUCUGGGGGCCCUGGUGGAUAACUGUGCCCCGGGUUUGUGUCCUGACUGGGAGACCUGGGACCCGAGCCAGCCAGUGGAGAAUGCCAGAGAAGCCAUGCAGCAGGCUGACGAUUGGCUUGGCGUGCCCCAGGUGAUCGCUCCAGAGGAGAUCGUGGAUCCCAACGUGGAUGAGCACUCGGUCAUGACCUACCUGUCCCAGUUCCCCAAGGCCAAGCUCAAACCUGGCGCCCCCGCUGCGCUCCAAGACCCUGCACCCCAAGAAGGCCCGGCCUACGGACCAGGCAUCGAGCCCAGGGGUAACAUUGUGCUGAAGCCGGCCGAGUUCAUCGUGGAGACGGUGGAGGCCGGGCUGGGGGAGGUGCUGGUGUACGUGGAGGACCCUGAGGGACACACUGAGGAGGCCAGAGUCAUCCCCAACAACGAUAAGAACAACUACUCUGUGCUCUACCUGCCCAAAGUAGAGGGUCUUCACAAGGUAAAGGUGCUGUUCGCCGGGCAGGACAUCGACAGGAGCCCCUUCAUGGUGAAUGUGUCCAAGGCCAUGGGAGACCCCAACAAAGUACAGGCCAGAGGACCAGGCCUGGAGCCUGUGGGGAACGUGGCCAACAAGCCCACCUACUUUGACAUAUACACAGCAGGCGCGGGUGCGGGAGAUGUGGGGGUGAUCAUCGUGGACUCCCAGGGCCGCAGGGACACGGUGGAGAUCAUCCUGGAGAACAAGGGGGACAGUGUUUUCCGCUGCACCUAUGGCCCCGUGCUGGAAGGGGCCCACACCAUCUACGUGACCUUCGCCGGCCAGCAGAUACCCAGAAGCCCUUUCACCGUUCACAUCUCAGAGGCUCCACAGAGCGCCCUGCCCCCAGGGUCUCCGGUGCAGAUAGUUCCCCAGUCCAUACGCACCCCGCCCACAGACAAGACCAAGAGACCCCCCCCAACGCCGCCCAAACCCAGGCGACCAACCUGCAACCCCAACACGUGCCGGGCCUCAGGGAGGGGGCUCCAGCCCAAGGGGGUCCGCGUGAAGGAGGUGGCUGACUUCAAGGUCCACACCAAGGGGGCUGGCAGCGGCGAGCUGAAGGUCACCGUCAAGGGUCCGAAGGGUUUGGAGGAGCCGGUGACGGUUCGUGCGGAAGGAGAAGGCCUGUUUGAGUGUGACUACUAUCCCGUCAUGACCGGCAACUACGUCAUCACCAUCACCUGGGGAGGGCACAGCAUCCCACGCAGCCCGUUCGAGGUGCAGGUCAGUGAGGACGCCGGGUCCCAGAAGGUACGGGCGUGGGGUCCUGGCCUGGAGACGGGCAUGGUGGGCAAGUCAGCUGACUUUGUGGUGGAGGCCAUCGGCACGGAGGUGGGAACCCUGGGAUUCUCCAUCGAGGGUCCGUCGCAGGCCAAGAUCGAGUGCGACGACAAGGGCGACGGGUCAUGUGACGUGCGCUACUGGCCCACGGAGCCGGGCGACUACGCCGUGCACGUCAUCUGUGAUGACGAGGACAUCAAGGACAGCCCCUUCAUGGCCCACAUCCUCCCCGCAGCCAAUGACGUGUUCCCUGAGAAGGUGAAGUGCUGUGGCCCAGGUCUGGAGCCUACGGGCUGCAUCGUCAACAAACCGGCUGAGUUCACCAUCGACACCAGCGGCGCGGGCCGGGGAGAGCUGAAGAUCUACGCCCAGGACGCAGAGGGCUUCCCCAUCGACAUCCAGAUCACCGAAAACGGAGACAGCACCUACUUCUGCGUGUACAUUCCCAACAAGCCCAUUAAACACACCAUCAUCAUCACGUGGGGCGAGGUCAACGUGCCCAACAGUCCCUUCAGGGUGACCAUUGGAGAGGGCAGCCACCCAGAGAAUGUAAAGGUGUACGGCCCGGGGGUUGAGAAGGCGGGGCUAAAGGCCAACGAGCCCACCUACUUCACAGUGGACUGCACCGAUGCGGGGCAAGGUGAUGUCAGCAUCGGGAUCAAGUGUGCCCCUGGCGUGGUGGGGCCGGCCGAGGCAGACAUCGACUUUGACAUCAUCAAGAAUGACAACGACACGUUCACCGUCAAGUACACGCCCCCAGGCCCUGGACGCUACACCAUCAUGGUGCUGUUUGCCGACCAGGAAAUACCCAUCAGCCCCUUCAGGAUCAAGGUGGAGCCCUCCCAUGAUGCAGCCAAGGUGAAGGCUGAGGGCCCCGGACUCAACAAGACAGGUGUGGAGGUGGGCAAACCAACUCACUUCAACAUCUACACCAAGGGAGCGGGCAAGGCCAAGCCUGAGGUGCACUUCACCGGCGCGGCCAAAGGGGACGCCGUGCGCGACUUUGAGAUCAUCGACAACCACGACUACUCCUACACCGUGCGCUACACGGCCGUGCAACAGGGAAACAUGUCCAUCACCGUCUGCCACGGGGGCGACCCCAUUCCCAAGAGCCCCUUCAACAUCUCCGUGGCCCCGCCCCUCGACCUCAACAAGGUCAAAGUUCAAGGGUUGAACAGCAAAGUGGAUGUCGGAAAGGAUCAGGAGUUCACCGUCAACACCCGUGGCGCCGGUGGGCAGGGCAAACUGGACGUGAAAAUCACCUCCCCCUCUCGCCGGCCAAUCCCCUGCAAGCUGGAAUCCGGCACGGCCAAUGAGGUGCACACAGUGAAGUACAUUCCCCCGGAGGAGGGGUCUUACAAAGUGGAUGUCAGCUACGACGGGAACCCUGUGCCUGGGAGCCCCUUCACUGUGGAGGGGGUCAUGCCCCCUGACCCCUCCAAGGUACCACCUGCUGUUCCGUCUGUGUUGGUGGUCCAGGGUGCUGGUACCGGGGGUCUGGGCCUGGCCAUCGAGGGCCCAUCGGAGGCCAAGAUGUCCUGCAAGGACAACAAAGAUGGCAGCUGCAGCGUGGAGUACAUCCCCUUCACUCCCGGGGACUACGACGUCAACAUCACCUUCGGAGGACUGCCCAUCCCAGGCAGUCCGUUCCGUGUGCCAGUGCGGGAGCUGGUUGACCCCAGUAAGGUGAGGUGCUCUGGUCCAGGGCUGGGGAGCGGGGUGAGAGCCCACGUCCCUCAGACCUUCACAGUGGACUGCAGCAAGGCUGGGGUGGCUCCCCUGGAGGUGGUGCUGUAUGGACCUACUGGUGUGGCCGAGCCAAUCAACAUCUCAGACAACGGGGACGGCACCCACACCGUCCCCUACACGCCGGCCAAGGACGGGCCCUACACGGUGUGUGUGAAGUACGCUGACCAGGAAGUCCCUCGCAGUCCAUUUAAGAUCAAGACCUUACCCGCCCACGAUGCCAGCAAGGUGCGGGCCAGCGGACCAGGGCUCAACGCCCAGGGGGUGCCCGCCAGUCUGCCCGUGGAGUUCACCAUCGAUGCCAGGGACGCGGGCGAGGGCCUGCUCACCGUGCAGAUACUGGACCCAGAGGGCAAGCCCAAGAAGGCCAACAUCCGCGACAACAGGGACGGGACGUACACCGUGUCCUACGUGCCUGACAUGACGGGUCGCUACACCAUCACCAUCAAGUACGGCGGCGACGAGAUCCCGUACUCCCCCUACCGCAUCCACGCCCUGCCCAGCGGGGACGCCAGCAAGUGUCUGGUCACAGUAUCAAUCGGAGGGCACGGAUUGGGUGUAGGUCUCGGCCCGACCAUCCAGAUCGGGGAGGAGACAGUCAUCACCGUGGACGCCAAGGCGGCCGGGAAGGGGAAGGUCACCUGCAAGGUGUCCACGCCGGACGGGGCGGAGCUCGACGUGGACGUGGUGGAGAACGCCGACGGGACGUUCGACAUCUACUACACGGCGCCCGAGCCGGGGAAAUACGUCAUCACCAUCCGCUUCGGAGGGGAGCACAUUCCCAACAGCCCCUUCCAUGUGGUGGCCAGUGACACCAUCCCUAUCAUAGAGGAACCAUGUGACAAGCUGCAGCUCCAGCAGCCUUACGUACCCUACGUGGGCUACCCCCCUCACUGGGCCACAGAGGAGCCCAUCACCCCAGGGGACAUCAUGGAGCCCAUGCUCCGCCCCUUCAACCUGGUCAUUCCGUUCACCGUUCAGAAGGGAGAGAUCACAGGCGAGGUGCGGAUGCCGUCCGGUAAGACCGCCCGUCCUCACAUCACGGACAACAAGGACGGGACGGUCACUGUGAAGUACUCCCCCACAGAGAAGGGCCUGCACGAGAUGGACAUCAAAUACGACGGCAACCACAUCCCCGGAAGUCCUCUCCAGUUCUAUGUGGACGCCAUCAACAGUGGUCAUGUGACAGCGUACGGCCCUGGGCUGAGCCACGGCAUGGUCAACAAGCCCGCCACGUUCACCAUCGUCACCAAGGAUGCAGGAGAAGGAGGUUUGUCCCUGGCAGUGGAGGGCCCCUCCAAGGCUGAGAUCACCUGCAAGGACAACAAGGACGGCACCUGCACCGUGUCCUACCUGCCCACGGCCCCGGGGGACUAUAACAUCAUCGUCAAGUUCGACGACAAGCACAUCCCCGGCAGCCCCUUCACCGCCAAGAUCACUGGGGACGACUCCAUGAGGACAUCCCAGCUCAACGUCGGCACGGCGACGGACGUCUCCCUGAAGAUCACGGAGACAGACCUGAGUAGUCUAACAGCAAGCAUUCGAGCGCCAUCGGGCAACGAAGAGCCAUGUCUGCUCAAGAGACUUCCCAAUCGGCACAUCGGUAUCUCCUUCACGCCCAAGGAGGUGGGCGAGCACGUGGUGAGCGUGAAGAAAAACAGCAAGCACGUGACCAACAGCCCCUUCAAGAUCAUGGUGGGCCAGUCCGAGAUCGGCGACGCCAGCAAGGUCAAGGUGUUCGGCCAGGGGCUGGUGGAGGGGCACACCUUCGAGGUGGCAGAGUUCAUGGUGGACACCAGGAAUGCAGGUUAUGGUGGACUGGGACUGUCCAUCGAGGGCCCCAGUAAAGUGGAUAUUAACUGCGAGGACGUGGAGGAUGGCACCUGUAAGGUCACCUAUUGCCCCACUGAGCCUGGCAACUACAUCAUCAACAUCAAGUUUGCUGACCAGCAUGUACCAGGAAGUCCAUUUACGGUGAAGGUGUCAGGGGAGGGCAGGAUGAAGGAGAGCAUCACCAGGAAGAGACAGGCUUCCUCCAUCGCCACCGUGGGCAGCACCUGCGACCUCAACCUCAAAAUACCAGGCAACUGGUUCCAGAUGGUGUCGGCCCAGGAGCGCCUGACGCACACCUUCACGCGCAGCAGCCACACGUACACGCGCACCGAGCGCACCGAGAUCAGCAAGACGCGUGUGGGCGAGACCAAGAGGGAGGUGCGCGUGGAGGAGAGCACCCAGGUGGGGGGGGACCCCUUCAGGGACGUGUUCGGACACUUCCUGGGGAGGGAGAGCUUCAGCGGGAGACCGCCCGCCGCCGCCGCCUCCACCUCCUCCUCCAACGCCACCGCCGCUGCCGCCACCACCUCGACGACCGCCAGGCAGACGCAAGAGGGUGAGGCGGGGGUGCAGGAGAUGACGGCCCAGGUGACCAGCCCGGGGGGUCAGACGGAGGAUGCAGAGAUCAUCGAGGGGGAGGACAGCACCUACAGCGUGCGCUUCAUCCCCCAGGAGAUGGGCCCGCACGCCGUCAACGUCAAGUACCGGGGCCAGCACGUCCCCGGUAGCCCCUUCCAGUUCACCGUGGGGCCCCUGGGGGAGGGAGGGGCGCACAAGGUCCGCGCCGGGGGCACAGGGCUGGACAGGGGAGUGGCUGGCAUGCCUGCCGAGUUCAGUAUCUGGACCAGGGAGGCGGGCGCUGGGGGUCUGUCCAUCGCUGUGGAGGGGCCCAGCAAGGCUGAGAUCUCCUUCGAGGACAGGAAGGAUGGGUCCUGUGGCGUGGCCUACGUGGUUCAGGAACCGGGCGACUACGAGGUCUCCAUCAAGUUCAACGACGAGCACAUCCCAGACAGCCCCUUCAUAGUCCCCGUCGCCACGCUGUCCGACGAUGCCCGCCGCCUCACCGUCACCAGCUUGCAGGAAAUGGGUCUGAAGGUAGGCCAGGAAGCCUCUUUCGCCAUCCAGCUGAAUGGGGCGAGGGGCCUGAUCGACGCCAAGGUGCACACGCCCUCCGGGGCGGUGGAGGAGUGCUACGUCACCGAGCUGGACAGCGACCAGCACGCCAUCCGCUUCAUCCCCAGGGAGAACGGCGUGCACUCCAUCGACGUGAGGUUCAACGGCAGCCAUAUUCCCGGGAGCCCCUUCAAGAUCCGCGUGGGGGAGCCGGGCCAGGUGGGAGACCCUGGCAUGGUGUCUGCCUUCGGACCGGGCCUGGAGGGAGGAAGCACCGGAGUGGCGUCAGAGUUCGUGGUGAACACGUGCAACGCAGGCUCGGGCGCUCUGGCGGUCACCAUCGACGGCCCGUCCAAGGUGAAGAUGGACUGCCAAGAGUGUCCCGAGGGCUACAAGGUCACCUACACCCCCAUGGCCCCUGGCAGCUACCUCAUCUCCAUCAAGUACGGGGGGCCCCAGCACAUCGUGGGGAGCCCCUUCAAGGCCAAAGUGACGGGAGCCCGUCUCUCCGGAGGUCACAGCCUACACGAGACGUCGUCCGUUCUCGUGGAGACGGUCACCAAGACGUCGGCGAUGGGCGGGGCCUACAGCACCAUGCCCAAGUUCUCGUCAGACGCCAGUAAAGUGGUCUCCCGGGGCGCGGGCCUGUCCAAGGCCUUCGUAGGCCAGAAGAACACCUUCACUGUAGACUGCAGCAAAGCAGGCACCAACAUGCUGAUGGUGGGGGUUCACGGGCCCAAGACCCCCUGCGAGGAGGUGUACGUCAAGCACAUGGGCAACAGGAUGUACAACGUCACCUACACCGUCAAGGAGCAGGGCGACUACAUCCUCAUCGUCAAGUGGGGGGACGAGAACGUCCCCGGCAGCCCCUUUCACGUCACCGUCCCCUAAAAACGGACUGUUCCACUUCCUGCACCCCCCCCCUCCUCCACCCCCACCCGCUUCCCCAGACCCCCCCCCCCCCUUCCCUCUGCUGUAUGACGUAUCCACCGAAAAUGUUUCAACCGUGGGAGACCAGGGGGACGGUGACCCCCUCAAGGUGACCCCCGCUUGAUCGGGUUGUGAUGUCACAGGCUUGAACCAAUAGAAGCUGCUCGGUUCAGCGCCAAUCAUUCUCACGGAGGCCCCGCCCUCACCGACCCACCCCACCCUCACUGUACUCGAUCACCCCCCCCCCAACCCCUCACUCGCCCGACUAGAUAUCCUGUUUCUGUUGUACGUUUUUAGAUGUUUACUUUUCAAGGCUCGAGAUUGUACUGAGAGGAAUCAAAAAGUGAACAUGGAUUUCUGGCUGUGCUGGGCCAGACAGAUGUGAAUGUUGAUAUUUUCAGAGCACACAGACAUUCUAUCACCACGUGCCUUUGGCUAGGUCCUCCAAAGGUAUCCCACAAUCCCCUUGUUCAGCCGGUAAUGAUGGUCUCCGAGGCUGACGGACGUUCCUUGCUUUAUUUAUUCAGUCAUUUGCUUUGUUUUCUUUGACAGAAAAUGGUCUUAUUUUUAUCUGAGGCGAAGAUUUUCAGUCCAUCUCAGAAGUCUUCCGCCUGUUACCGUGCCAUCCUGUGUCAAAGUGGUCAUUGUCAUGGACACAGAGAUGUGAUUGGCCGAGACGUGAGAGAAUUUUGUACUGGGGAGGAAGUGUGUGGAGUAGUGUUGGCUUUAUUGUGUGAAUGUUAAAAACCCACAGAUGUUACAGUGAAGCAGUAUUACAGAGUGACAUUUUAUAGUGAUUUUAUAUGUAUGAAAACAGAUGGGGAAAAAAAGAAAACUCAAAAUUGUUUGAUAUAUUAACCUACUGUCCGGUAAGAAUGAGCAGGCAUAAUAAAGAUUUAUCUGCUAACUUGCCAUGAAAA